AUGUCGGCGAGACCUGAAGGAAGUCCACCGGAGAUGUAUCACAAACACUCACCGAGAACUUGCCGGAACUUUGUUGAGCUAUCUCGGAGAGGUUACUAUGACAACGUUUUGUUUCACAGAAUCAUCAAGGAUUUCAUCGUGCAAGGUGGAGAUCCUACAGGAACUGGAAGAGGAGGCCAAUCCAUUUAUGGUUCGAAAUUUGAGGACGAGAUAAAGCCAGAGUUGAAGCAUACAGGAGCUGGAAUUUUAUCAAUGGCAAACGCUGGUCCUAAUACAAAUGGGAGUCAGUUCUUCAUCACUUUGGCUCCAGCACCGUCCUUGGAUGGAAAGCACACAAUAUUUGGCAGAGUGUGCCGCGGAAUGGAAGUAAUCAAGAGACUCGGUAGUGUCCAAACCGAUAACACCGACAGGCCAAUCCAUGAAGUGAAGAUUCUGAGAACCAAAGUGAUCGAUUAG